AUGGCGGCCAGUCAACAUGCCUUGUGCUGUGCUCUCCUUUUUAUAGUCAUUCUGGUUGUUUCCAGCUCACAAGAUUGUUCAUUCUCUAUACCACCUGAUGGAGUUCUGGUUGCUGAUCACUUUGAUCUCAGUUCUCAUGGAUCUACUGAUAGAAAGUCAUGCUUCAACAUCAUACUAGCCGGUGACAUUGAAGUCAACCCAGGGCCAGAAUCUUCAGGGCCAUCAAUUCCUACAGAGAAACCCACUGGUGAUACCUGCCUUCAAGUUUAUCUACAGAAUGUGAGAAGUUUGAAGAAUAAACUCGAUGUCCUGCACAGCUCACUGGUUGCUCACCUUCAGCCAGGCGGUAUGUUCAAUUUCUUCGCUCUAACUGAAACUUGGCUUACCGAUGCUGUGUUAGAUGCUGAGAUUAACAUCCCAAACUACACCGUGUUCCGGAAUGACAGAAGUAACCGACGUGGUGGUGGUGUACUCCUAGGUUGCCACAAUGCCUUUGAAUGCCGUAGAAGAUCAGACCUUGAACAUGACGAUCUUGAACUGUUAUGGGUAGAGGUUCGGCUUUCCAAUCGUAGCAAGAUGUUAUUUGGUGUGUUCUAUAGACCUCCUGACAGUGGUGUUCAACCACUAGAGAAUCUUGCUGACACAUUGACCAAUGCUUCACGUCACUUCAACACCAUCUAUAUUGCUGGUGACUUCAACUUACCCUCACUACAGUGGGACUCGGACAGUGGACUUGCAGUAUCAAGUGGUUCCAUCAUCGAUGACGUGUUCGUUGAUGCAGUCAUGGCUGCUCACAGCCUGCAGCAAGUGAAUUUUUCCACAACGAGAGGUGACAACAUCCUCGACCUUGUCCUCUGCUCUGCCCAGCAGCAAGUCUCCUGUGAAACUGGUGACGACAUAUUUGCUUCUGACCAUAAUUCUGUGAGAAUUAGCAUUCAAGUAACUGCUAAAACCAAGCCAUAUGAUGCAAGUCGUCCAAUCUUCAACUAUCGCAAAGCUGACUUAUGCGACCUCCAGAGAACAAUUGAAUGCAUCCCCUGGUGUCUUUUAGAAGCCACCGACGAUUGUGAUGAAGCUACCUCACUUUUCUAUGACUUCAUCGAAGCGGCUGUGAUUGAUGUUGUACCAGUUGUCCGUCCACGGCGUCCAUCUCCUCCAUGGUUUGAUGGUGAAGUUCGCCAUGCCCUGAAAGCCAAGGAGCGUACAUUUCGCAGGAAGAAGAAGAGUCCAACUCCUGCCAAUUUAGAACUCUUUAAAGAAGCUCGAUCUAACUUCAAGCAAAUUGUGAGGGGCAAAUAUGCCAAUUAUUUAUCCUCUGUAGCUGCAGACAUUGGUAAAAAUCCAAAGCGUUUUUGGAGUUUUAUCAAGACUCGAUCUUGCUCCCGUCAACACGCCUUGCCUUCAGUUCUCCGCAAUGAAACGUCAGGAUUUGAAGCAGCAGAUUCAGCUGGUAAGGCAGCUCUCCUGAUGGAUUGUUUCCAGUCUGUCUAUGUGCCAGCAUCCUCUGAUGAAUCCGACGCCACCAUGCCUGUGCUUCAAUCUUCGAACUUGGAUGCUAUGCCAGCCAUUAGCAUCACCAAAUCUGAUGUCAUCUCCAAGUUGUCUGAUAUUGAUGUCUCCAAAGCCAUUGGACCAGACAAUUUAUCAGGCUUUGUGCUUAAAUCUUGUGCCAAUGUAUCCAAGGUUUUUGAAAAGAUCUUAAGUGAGCAUAUCAUGUGUCACGUCCAACCAGCCAUCUCCGAGCAGCAGCAUGGUUUCAUCUCUGGCAGAGAUUGCUCCACCAAUCUAACAUCAUUAUUGCAGGAGGCUUACCAUGCUGUUGAACGGAGGGAGCAGUUGGAUGUUAUCUACACUGAUUUCUCUAAGGCCUUUGAUCGUGUCAACCAUGAUUUUCUCUUGUAUAAACUCUCAUCCUACAAUGUUCAUCCAGGCCCCAUCUAG